ACAACAACAACUACUGACUUUUGUUCAUUCUAUAUUGGGCAUAUCAAACAAACUAGAACGAUUUUCACCCUCUUGCUGUCUCUCAACUUCCUCAGAAGCAUCUUGAUAGUGAAACAAAGAGAUCGGAACGUAGUCUUCUCUUGCCUUAAAAAUGGCGCGGACUUUUAACGACGGAAUCGCCCCAGAGGAGGACUCGAAAUACCCGCUCCUGUUUAGGCCUCGUGAAAAACCUCAAACUCCGUCCAGUAUCUGGCUUUUUACCACGGUGCUCCUCUCCAUCCUCUUCCUGGUUGCCCUAUUGCUCAUGUCUCCAGGCCUCCUUCAACGACUAUUGCCUAAGUGGGAUCCUCAUCCGGAUAUCCAUCAUGAUGUGGCGGAUUGUUCCAAAUGCAGAAUUCGCUUGGUUGAAUCCAUACCAGAGGGUUUAGUGUACAAUUCAUCAAUUGUCAACCUCCAAACACAUGAGGCGUGGAAAGCCUUGAUCAGGCGAACAGAAUCUUCUUUGGAACUUGCGAGCUCUUAUUGGAGUCUCCGUGGAUCUGACGUUUACGAAGACAAAAGUGAUUGGCAAGGGGAGGAUAUUUUUAAGAGGCUCGUGAAAGCCACGGAGAAAGGAAUACGAAUUAACAUUGCUCAAAACCUCCCUGGAGAUCGAGAACCCAAUCUUGACACUGAUGCGCUGUCCAAAAUCCAGGGCGUUCAAGUCCGAAGUCUGAAUUUCACGGCCUUAAUGGGUGCUGGAAUUCUUCACACAAAGCUCUGGAUUAGUGAUAGGCAACAUUUCUACGUUGGGAGCGCCAAUUUUGACUGGCGAUCCCUCACCCAAGUCAAGGAGAUGGGUGUUCUAGUGGAAAAUUGUCCCUGCUUAGCCAAUGAUAUGGGCAAGAUCUUUGAUGUCUAUUGGCGAUUGGGUGGAAGAGGCAAAGUGGUUCCGCCAGCAUGGCCCAAAAGUCUUGGAACCAAUAUCAACGCCGAAAAACCCAUUCGAAUCCAAAAUGGAGCGGGUGGGCGAACUCUGGACUUCUAUUUGAGCUCUUCACCGGCGCCGUUUUGUCCCGUGGGUCGAACCGUAGACAUUGAGGCAAUUUUAAGUGUGAUUGAUCACGCUAAGAAGUUCAUUCAUGUGGCAGUAAUGGACUACUUUCCGGCCACAUUGUACAGCCGUUCGGUUCAGUUCUGGCCAAUCAUUGACGAUCGGCUCCGAAAAGCUGCCAUAGAGAGAUCGGUGGAAGUUCGGUUACUGUUAAGUCAUUGGGAUCACACCCGACCAGACAUGAAGGCAUAUAUCCUCUCCUUGAUGGCGUUGAAUGGCACCAACAAUGGUUCGGUGCGGAUCGAGGGGCGUUUCUUCCAAGUACCCAAGUUCACACCAGACCAAGGCAAGAUUCCCUUUGCGCGAGUCAACCACAACAAGUACAUGGUCACGGAUCAGAGUGGCUACAUUGGCACCUCCAAUUGGUCGGCAGACUACUUUCUCAACACUGGUGGUAUUGGAUUGGUUUUCAAGUCCACUAAUUCGUCUUCCAAUGAUCUCAGAGCUCAAUUGGAAGGAGUCUUUCAACGUGAUUGGACCUCAGCCUAUGCCCACAUAGUGUGAGAACAGUUUUGCACUCACCUUAGAGGCAGAACAUAACUACUCAUGCAUACGUUUCAUCCAGUCCACUAAGAUUACAUGUUCAAAGUGUCUAGCACUUUUAAUCUGGGUGGGUCACGUGUUCAAUUUGAGUCGUUUGUCGUGUGAAUAAAGCGCGGUACAAGAUUGAAAUGACGGGAGUCAAUCAGAUAUUUGCAAGAGGUGAGAUGUUUUCAAAAAAAUCUUCAUCUACCCUUUCUUGGUCUUGAACAACUUCAUUCUUUG